GGAACAUCAUUAACACAAGGCCUCGGCUGCUUCCUGCCUUCCUCCAGAAUCCUAUCUGCAAACUCGUUGAACCUUCAGCCCUCUUCGUCCAAACAACACACAUUCAAACUAACCAAGAACAAAGAUUCGCACCUUCAAAUUCACAUCUGUUUUCCAUGGGGAAAACCUAAUAAUCGUUACCAUAAUCAUCCAAUAAAUCAAUAAAUGGCGUCGAUAUCCACUUGCUUCACGAUAACACCUAAAUCCCACUCAAAACCCUCAUCAGUUUUUUCCCUUAGACCCUCCUGUCAAUUCCACUACUCCUUUAGGACACAUAAUAAUGUUUUUCAUAGGGAAUUAUUGAGAUUUGAGAGACAGCAGAGUAGUAACAGAAGAAGUUUUGUGUCGGAAAUAAGGUCCAGUUUUAAUGUUCCUUCGGUGGAACCAACGGCGAGGAUUAGGCCCGGGAGGAUAAUUGAGAGCGACAAGUUGCCGGCGGAUGUGAGGAAGCGGACGAUGGAAGCUGUGGAUAAGUGUGGAAGAAGGGUAACAGUUGGUGAUGUGGCAAGUAAGGCUGGGAUUAAGUUGACUGAAGCUCAAAGGGCUUUACAAGCCCUAGCUUCUGAUACUAAUGGCUUCUUGGAGGUUUCAGACGAAGGUGAUGUUCUUUAUGUGUUUCCAAAAGAUUAUCGUUCAAACCUUGCAGCCAAGUCACUUCGAAUAAAAUUUGAACCUUUAAUUGAAAAGACAAAGUCUGGUGCUGAAUACUUGAUCAGGGUUACUUUUGGAACAGCUCUAAUUGCUUCCAUUGUUAUUGUUUAUACAACAAUCAUUGCUAUUCUAACAAGUAGUAGUGAAGAAGAUAAUCGAGGAGGAAGACGCAGAGGAAGAUCUUUUGAUUCAGGAUUCUCUUUCUAUCUUAAUCCAGCGGAUUUGUUUUGGUAUUGGGAUCCAUAUUACUAUAGGAGGCGAAGGGUACGCAAAGAAGAUAAUGGAAUGAAUUUCAUUGAAUCUGUGUUUUCAUUUGUGUUUGGUGAUGGUGAUCCAAAUGAAGGUAUUGAAGAAGAGAGGUGGAAGUUGAUUGGUCAGUACAUUGCAUCAAAUGGUGGUGUUGUUACAGCAGAGGAACUUGCUCCAUAUCUUGAUGUGGAAAAUGCAGAUAAAACUGAUGAUGACUCAUACAUUUUACCUGUUCUUCUGCGUUUCGAUGGUCAACCAGAAGUCGAUGAACAGGGGAACAUCUUGUAUCGGUUUCCAUCGCUUCAAAGAACAGGUGGUAGGAAGGAAUACGUGGGGAGAAAAUGGAAUGAAUUUGUGGGAGGGGUUGAUAAGUUCUUUAAGGAAAAGAAAUGGGAUUUCAGUAAAAUAAGCAAUGCAGAGAGGGCAAUGGUUGCUGGUUUGGGAGCGUUUAAUCUGUUUGGAGUGAUUGUUCUUGGCACAAUGUUGAAGAAUAUGACGGUUACACCAAGCGGAUUCAUUUCAUUUGUCUCUGAAAUAUUUCCUCUUCUCCAGAUUUAUGCUGCCUCCAUUUUUGCUAUUCCAUUGGUGCGAUGGUUUAUCACUCAAAAAACAAAUGCUGAAAUAGAGAAAAGAAACCGAGCCAGGGAGCUGCGUGCUCGAGCACUUGAAUUGCCAGAUGUCUCCCUCAGACGAAAGAUUCUGAGUGCUCGGGACAUGUCUGAGAGGACGGUGAUUGGGAAGGAUCGGAUUGUGUACACGACAGAAAGAGACAUAUUUGAGCAAGACUAUGACACUCAGGAAUGGGAUAGGAGAUUUAAAGAGAUUGAUAAGUCUGAUUAAAUUUAAUAGAUGAAGAAAAGAACGUUUAUAUUGUGAAGAUCGUUUAGCUUUUGUUUUUGUUAUGGUGUAUAAUGUUGGAUGUUCAUUGUUUUGGUGGCGAUUAAAACUAUAAAUUAUAACUUUAGCUUCUCAUUGUUGAUGAAGCUCUAUAUAUGGCUUCAUGUGAUCACCAAUGCUCGGUUUUGAGCUCAAUGGACAAACUUUUUAGGCUUGAUUUCGAGUUAAAGGACAGAUUAUUAAGGAUA